AAAAAAUGACAACAAAUGUAAAUAUACGACUGGCCCUGGACCGUGUCAACAUGGGCCUAUUGGCCCAAAAUCAAGCCAAUGCCCCCCGAUUGUAUACACCCGGUGAAGUGGUGACAGCGCAACAAGGCUUCAUGAAAGGCCAUGGAACCUAUGUCGAGGGAGAUGAUAUUAAAGCCUCCGUGGCUGGUGUUAUGGAACAGGUCAACAAAUUGGUAUCCAUUAAACCGUUAAAAAGUCGUUAUGUUGGUGAAAUCGGUGAUGUGGUUGUGGCACGAAUCACCGAGGUGCAACAAAAGCGCUGGAAAGUCGAUACAAAUUCCCGAUUGGAUUCAAUUUUGCUGCUUUCCUCAGUCAAUUUACCGGGAGGUGAAUUGAGAAGACGUCAGGCCGAAGAUGAACAAGCUAUGCGUAAAUAUUUGCAAGAAGGUGAUCUCAUCUCUGCGGAGGUGCAAAAUAUAUACGAUGAGGGUACACUGUCGUUGUACACCCGUUCCUUGAAAUAUGGUAAAUUGUCACAGGGGGUUUUGGUCAAGGUAUUCCCAUCGCUGGUAAAACGUCGUAAGACCCAUUUCCAUAAUUUACCCUGUGGCGCGAGUAUUAUUUUGGGUAAUAAUGGUUUCAUAUGGAUAUCGCCGUCCUCACGGUCAGAUGGUGAGGGUGGUGAUGGUGGUUUUUCCCAAAAUCUAUCGGAAAUUAUACCACGAGGAGAUCGUGAAGUUAUUGCCCGCCUAAGGAAUUGCAUUUUGGCUUUGGCCCACUGUAAAAUGAUGCUGUACGAUACGAGUAUUCAGUAUGCCUAUGAGGAAUCGAUGAAAUAUGAGGUGCAUGAGCUGUUGCAGCAGGAGGCCAUAUUUGAUGUGGCAUUUUUAACGCAACAUCGUUUGCGUUUGCAGGAGGAGUAA